AUGGGGUCAGAUACUACAUGUGCACUUGGGAAUUACCGCAUUUUCAUGUUGCUGCUGAGGACAGGAUCUUUUGGAUGUUGGGAAAAGGGCAUCAUAAAAGGAAAAUCAAAACGAGAGUUUCCCAACCAGUAUGUCUUGGCACACCAGUGUCCUGUGGCUAGGUUUUAUGUAAACUGUGAUCUCAAGCUCAUAAGGCCUUCAGGCAGCCAAGCAAUGCCGGGGAAGUCAGCUGCCUCUGUUAAAUUGGCCCCAGAAUGCCAUAGUGUACAAAAGACAGUGGAAGACCUGGAUAUUAGAAGGCUGGUGCAGCGGAGAUGUUGGAAGACGUGGAUAUUAAACCUGCUGAUGGAAGACUGGGUAGCUGUAGGAAGACCUGAAGAUGCUGGAAGAUGUGGAGAUGGUGGAAGACGAGCAGAUGCUGGAAGCCCUGGAGAUGCUGGAAGCCCUGGAGAUACAGGUUUUCCGGAGGACACGGCUUUGUUGGAAGACGUGACUUUGUUGGAAGACAUGGAUUUUCUGGAAGACGUAGCUUUGUUGGAAGACAUAGGAAGGCUGAAAGACAUAAAACUGAUGGAAGACAUGAAUUUGUUGGAAGACUUGGAUUUUCUGGAAGACAUAGAUUUUUUUGAAGCUAUGGGUUUGAUGGAAGACAUAGCUUUUUUGGAAGACGUGGAUUUUCUGGAAGACGUGGAUUUUCUGGAAGACCUGAAUUGUCUGGAAGACCUGGAUUUUUUGGAAGAUAUUGGUUUGCUGGAAGACUGGUGUUUUAUGGAAGACAUGAAUUUUCUGGAAGACGUGGAUUUUCUGGAAGACUUGAAUCUUCAGGAAGACAUACAUUGGCUGGAAGAACUGGAGAUUACUGAAGACAUGAAUUUUCUGGAAGACAUGGCUUUACUGGAAGAGCUGGAUUUAGUGGAAGACACAGAUUUUGUCUGGGAAGACAUAGUUUGCUGGAAGACCUGGAUUUUUCUGGAAGACCUGAAUUCAUUGGAAGACUUGGAUUUGGUGGAAGACACAGAUUUUCCUGAAGACACAGACUCAUAGGAAGACGUUGAAAUUGUUGGAAGACAUGGAUUUUUCUGGAAGAUCUGGAUUUUCCUGGAAGAUCUGGAUUUGCUUGCGGAAGACGAGAUUUGCUGGAAGACAUGCAGGAUUGUGGAAGACAUUAAUUUUCCGGAAGACAUGGAUUUUCUGGAAGACCGAGAUUGUCUGGAAGACCUUGAGAUUGUUGGAAGACUGUGA